UGCCUCGCACACGCUCCCCGCUCGGGUCAGCUGGUUGAUGAGGGGACCUGUGAGCACCUGAUCCUCUCUCGCCUCUUACAACGGUUUAAUUCUCCCCCGCCAUAAAAAACCAAGUCACCUGGGCCCUAGAGAGGCAGAGGCCCCCGGAGGGAGGCCAUCAGGGCUUCCUUCGCACGGCAGCUGACCCCUGCCUGGGCUUGGCUUUCCAUGGAUCGUGGCGCACACGGAGGCCUUAGUCUUGUGCAUGUGAGGUGUGCCCGCCUGCUUCACUUCGGUGUCCAGAGUUUCGUGCAAGCCUGAGGCCACGCGGGGACUUGUGAUGGUGACGGCCGGGUCUGGAUCGGGUCUUCGGGGCGGGUGGUCAGUCACACAGGCCUUCGUGUGGUUGGUACUUCUAGAGCUUCUUCAGAGCUCAACUCUUGUUGAGAUUUGUGCUUGCCUUGAGGAAUUCUGGGAUUUGUAGUCCUGAAUUAACCUCAUGGCUUUUGAGGCUGAGAAGCAGCAGGCUGCUCUGAUCCCGGUGGCCUGCUUGGAGUUGAGGAAGUCAUCCCCUCCUGGAGUCCGAGGAGAGUUUGGCCGACCUCAGGACUGGCCUUCAGAGCCCCGAUUGGGUACCAGCUGGGGGCCAGGGAUGGCCUGUAACCUACUGUCUUCCUUCUGGUUGGUAGCAUUUCUGGGGACCACCAGCUGGCUGAGGCUCAGGGACAGAGACGGCUGCUGCAGCUAAAGAGUUUUGGUGGCAAAAUAUUGAUAGGAAAGAAAAAUAUUUGCAGAGGAGGACGGUGGCCGGUGGGCUGCCACAGAAAACAGCUCCAGGGUCAAACAGGAUUGAGAAGGCACCAGGUGGUCGCUGUAUUCCGGGAGGUGGGGAGAGGAUGUGGCCUCGGACCCCGCGUGGGCUGUCGAGUGGAUCGAACUUCCGCGUGGCCUCUCACUAUCCUCUUUGGGAUCUGCUCGGACCCUCCGAGGCUGGAGCCGGUCCUCCCGUCCUUCCUCCGUGGACAGCCAGGACUUGCCAGAGGUGAAUGUUGGAGACACUGUCGCGAUGCUGCCCAAGUCCCGGAGAGCCCUAACCAUCCAGGAGAUUGCCGCGCUGGCCAGAUCUUCCCUGCAUGGUAUUUCCCAGGUGGUAAAGGACCACGUGACCAAGCCCACGGCCAUGGCCCAAGGCCGAGUGGCUCACCUCAUUGAAUGGAAGGGCUGGAGCAAGCCCAGUGACUCACCUGCUGCCCUGGAAUCAGCCUUUUCCUCCUAUUCGGACCUCAGUGAGGGUGAACAAGAGGCUCGCUUUGCAGCAGGAGUGGCCGAACAGUUUGCUAUCGCAGAAGCCAAGCUCCGAGCAUGGUCUUCAGUGGAUGGUGAUGACUCUACUGAUGACUCCUACGAUGAGGACUUCGUUGGAGGAACUGACACAGACCUGGCCGGGCAGCUGCCACUGGGGCCCCACCUCCAGGACCUCUUCACCGGCCGCCGAUUCUCUCGGCCCGUGCGCCAGGGCUCCGUGGAGCCUGAGAGCGACUGCUCGCAGACCGUUUCCCCAGACACCCUGUGCUCUAGCCUGUGCAGCCUGGAGGAUGGGUUGCUGGGCUCCCCGGCCCGGCUGACCUCCCAGCUGCUGGGCGACGAGCUGCUCCUCGCCAAACUGCCCCCCAGCCGGGAAAGUGCCUUCCGCAGCCUGGGUCCACUGGAGGCCCAGGACUCCCUCUACAAUUCGCCCCUCACGGAGUCCUGCCUUUCCCCAGCGGAGGAGGAGCCGGACCCUUGCAAGGACUGCCAGCCGCUCUGUCCUCCGCCCGUGGGCAGCUGGGAACGGCAGCGGCAAGCUUCUGACGUGGCCUCUUCUGGGGUGGUGUCCUUAGACGAGGAUGAGGUGGAGCCUGAGGAACAGUGACCCACAUCCUGCCUGUUGGUGGCCUGCGUCCCCUGGCUGCUGCUGGGGGCCGAGCCUCUGUGCCCAGGUGUGGGCUGGGGCUCUCAGCAAGCUCCACAGCUAGAGGGCUCCUGGGAGCACUCCCUUCUCCAUUGUGUGUUUUGCAUGAAAGUGUUUGGAGCGGAGGCAGAGGCCGGGCUGGGGGCGCAUGUCCUGCCCCCACUCCUGGGGCUUGCCGGGGUGUGCCCGGGGCCCCUGGGGCAUGGCUACAGCUGUGGCAGACAAUGAUGUUCAUGUUCUUCAGUCCAAAACUUGCCACAUUUCCUCCUCAGAUGACGUGAGCCCCUGAGGGGCUCGACGUGACUGGGCUGGGGGGUGAAGAGGGCGGGACCUGGCCGCCUCCCCCCGUCACUCCUCUCUGCUUCUGUCCUCACCUCUGAGUCCACGUGCAGUGCUUGACAGAACCACCUCCUCCUGGGGGGCGGGCUCCUGCCUGCCCGGAGCCCGUGGGUCAGCCGUCCCCUAAGGGCCCCUGCCCAGCUGGGCGCGUGCUGUGCUUCACCUUUCCAUCGUCUCUAAAUCAUCUUCUUUUUUCCUAAAGACAGAGGGCUUCUGGUCUGUUCUUUUAGUUGGAUCUUCUCUAGGAGGCACUGGAAUGACGAAUUAAUUUCCUGGGUCCCUGAGAGGGCUGGGGCCCCCAGGGAUGUGUGGGCACCCAAGGAGUUCUGCAGGGCAGGGCUACAAGGGUGGGGCCUUGGCUUUCUCCUGAGGUGUGGUUUUGAUGUUCUUCUAGAGAGGGCCACAAGGGGGCCACCGGUGGCCAGAAAGUUGUCAGCUGACGCCUGAGCAAGGCCAGAAUUGUGUCACUCAGUGACAGUCAUGAGGGAGGAAGGAGGGUAGUGCCGUUCCUGGCCGUGGCUACAGUAGUGUUAAUGCCCAAGCGGUGGCGGCCAGUGGCACGUUCUGCAUUCCGAGGACACGGGACUCGAGGUGUGUGGGGCUGUGGGCAGGGUAGGUGGCCGCAGGAUUAGGAGCCUUGUAGGCUUUGGCAGGUAGGAGGACCCAAGGUAAGAACAGGAGCCAGUGGGUGUAAGCAUUCUCUAUAUAAGUGGCUCAUUAGGUGUUUAUUUUGUUCUAUUUAAGAAUUUGUUUUAUUAAAUUAAUAUAAAAAUCUU